AUGAUGAUGGGGCUUGAGGGUCAGUUCUCCCUUUUCAUUUUGGUGCGGUGUCUAAGCCAUGCUCAUAAACUUCUCUUCCUCUCCUCUAUCCUCUUCGUCUUCUCUUCCCAGAUUUUCCAACUCAAAGUCACCCAUUAUAGAAUCAUCCUUUUUAAAACCAAAACCCACCCACUUUUUAAACCUCUUUCCUCUUCAUCAAACCUUAGUUUUCACUCCAAGACUCACCUUUUCAGUAGAUGCCCACUUGGGAAGAGGUUGGACUUAAGGUCUUGGGCUGUUUCUGGAUUUGAUUUAAGCAACUUCGAGUCUGUUUUAGAGGCAGCUGGAGUUUUGACGGCCAUUAUUGUUGUUCAUGAAAGCGGUCAUUUUCUUGCUGCUUAUCUACAGGGUAUUCAUGUAAGUAAAUUUGCUGUUGGGUUUGGUCCAAUUUUAGCUAAAUUUAAUGCAAAAAAUGUUGAAUACUCUAUUAGAGCUUUUCCUUUAGGUGGGUUCGUGGGGUUUCCUGAUAAUGAUCCAGAGAGUGAUAUACCAGUAGAUGAUAAGAAUUUGCUUAAGAAUAGACCGAUAUUGGAUAGAACGAUAGUGAUAUCAGCUGGUGUUAUUGCCAAUAUUAUCUUUGCUUAUGUGAUAAUCUUUGUUCAAGUAUUAUCAGUUGGUUUGCCUGUGCAAGAGGCCUUUCCUGGGGUUCUUGUUCCUGAAGUUCGAGCCCUUUCUGCUGCUUCCCGUGAUGGGUUGCUUCCCGGGGAUGUAAUUCUUGCUGUUAAUGGAACUAACUUGCCUAAAACCGGACCCAUUGCAGUAUCCGAGAUUGUUAAUGUCAUUAAAAGUAGUCCCAAAAAGAAUGUCUUGCUUAAGGUUGAGAGGGGAAAACAGGAUUUUGAAAUUGGCGUUACCCCGGAUGAGAGUUUUGAUGGAACUGGUAAAAUUGGAGUUCAAUUAUCUCCCAAUGUAAACAUUACGAAGGUUGUAGCCAAGGACAUCUUGGAGGCAUUUAAUUUUGCUGGGAAAGAAUUUUGGGGUCUUUCAUCCAAUGUAAUAGAUAGCUUGAAACAAACUUUUCUGAACUUCUCUCAAUCUGCGAGUAAGGUUUCAGGACCGGUUGCUAUUAUUGCUGUUGGUGCAGAAGUUGCAAGGUCAAAUAUCGAUGGACUUUACCAAUUUGCGGCUGUGCUCAAUAUCAAUCUUGCAGUUAUAAACCUUCUUCCGUUACCUGCUUUGGAUGGGGGCUCCUUGGCCUUGGUUCUCAUAGAGGCAGCUAGGGGUGGGAGAAAGCUCCCUUUAGAAAUAGAGCAGCGGAUUAUGUCAUCAGGGAUCAUGCUUGUUAUUCUCCUUGGAUUAUUUCUUAUUGUUCGAGAUACAUUAAACCUUGAUUUCAUCAAAGAUAUGUUGUGA